AUGUGCCACACCAGCUGUUCCUCAGGCUGCCAGCCGGCCUGCUGCGUUCCCUGCCAGUCUUCCUGCUGUGUGUCCAGUCCCUGCCAGCCAUCCUGCUGUGUGUCCAGUCCCUGCCAGUCAUCCUGCUGUGUGUCCAGUCCCUGCCAGUCAUCCUGCUGUGUGUCCAGUCCCUGCCAGCUGGCCUGCUGCGUGUCCAAUCCCUGCCAGCCAUCCUGCUGUGUGCCCGUGAGCUGCAGACCUGCCAUGUGCAUUCCUGUGAGAUUGCAGGUGGCCUGCUGCUCCCCUGUGAGCUGUAGACCUAGUGUGUGUGUGGCUCCUUCCUGCCAGUCCUCCGUGUGUGUUCCUGUGAGCUGCAGGCCUGCUGUGUGUGUGGUCCCCAGCUGCCAGUCCUCUGGGUGCUGCCAGCCGUCCUGCCCCACCCUGGUCUGCAGACCUGUGUCCUGCAGCACCUCUGCCUGCUGCUGA